CGAAAACAUCAUCAAUCGCAGUCCAAGCCCACCAAAUAGCUGCAGUUUGCCGGGCGAUUGGAGCCACAAACAAAGUACAAACUGCAUCGGUCUUGUCAAAAAUCAGGCUACUCGACUGAUUUACCACUCUCUUUCAUCAUUUUCCUCUGUUCGACUUGUCUCCCAUUCUGCCGGCAUCGAUCCGCGCCUGUUUUACUUAGAUUUCGACUUUUCUCUAGCCGCCAUUUGGCGCCUUGCCUCACUUUGGCAUCAGCUUCCAAAAAACUACCACACCCACUAUUCACCUAGGCCCGACUCCGAAAUGAGCCUCCGCCCCAACAAUUCAUUCCAAAGCUACAAUUAAUCUAUCUUCCGCGUCAAGUAUUGCCGCCCCGGGACGAGUUGCUACCUCGCCGGCGCGCCGAUAGGUUCACAUACAUGUCUUCAAAUUCUUACCACUACCGCAUCUAGGAGAGGAGCAGAAUGCCUCCCAAACGCAAGAGACACUCGGAUCGACCAUCGAUCGACGCCUCGGGCAACCGACCGUCCCCUCAUCGACCCGAGCACACCUUCCUUGGCCGUCACGAUGUUUCAUACCCCGAUGGUGGUGGCGGCGGCGGCCGAGGCGGCCGUGGUGGACGUCAGACCCGAAGCGGCCGGAGCGACCGUCGCGAUUCAACACAGAACAGCUCAAACCACAACUCUGGGGCACCGGCGGCAUCACCGACAUCCCCAACGUCAACGCGACCGCCGAGCGCUUCAUCGCAUGCUGCUCCGGCACCUAUAAUCACUGCGCCGAUAUCCGCACCUCCUUCUGCCCCGCCUUCGCCCACAUUCCCUAACUAUGACUACUCAAUUGUCACAGAAGAGCGGAUAGGCUCGUGGAAAACGGGUGGACGUCAGGCUGUCAUCGAUCACGGCGUACAGUCUCGGAACGAUGAGGAUGCUACCGAGGUAUCUGCUUUGUUUCAGGAGCUCUUACACUCGGCUCUCGACUCCAGGAUCGAUCCCGUGGACGCAGGUGGGAUAGUCAAAGAGGUUGUACAGACGGAUACAGAAGCUACGGCGAGCCAGUUUGCUUUCGAUCCGCGAAUCCUUUUCCUUGACACGGUCUCGAUUUUCAUGGACGUCGAGACUAUCCAGUUCAGGGAUCCGCUCUGUGACUUUAUGUUGGCAACAGAGAUUCCGCAUGCGCUCAUGAGGCAGGUCUUGGACCCUCAGUUCAUGACGCAACUGGGCUUGAUACGCGAAACUUUCGUCAAGGUCGGAAUCCGGCAGUCGACAAACCUCCUUUAUCGCCAGGCAAACUAUAACCUGCUGAGGGAGGAGUCCGAAGGUUUCUCCAAGCUGGUCAACGAGCUAUAUACAAGCCUGAGGGCGGAUCCAGAUGCCGACUACCCCUGGGAUGCAGCCCAGGCGACCUUUGAGAGGGUCAAGGGACUCAUAGGCACGUUCGACCUGGACGUCGGCCGCGUUUUCGAUAUCAGCCUCGAUGUCUUUGCAGCUACAAUAGUCAAGCAACUUCGUCCUUUCCUCAAGUUCCUCCGCAUCAGCUCUUGGUGGCCACGCACCAUGUCCAAGUCCGACGACACCGCGAUCUUUAGUGGUCUCCCACGUUGGGCUUGGCCAGAACUUGCCGCUGAUGGGCUGACAGAAAGCGACCAUGAGGCUGCCUUCGAGAAGAAGAAGCUCUCCAGGGAUAUAGCUUUUUGGAGACGUGUUCGGGACAUCAAUAUUGACGCGUUUUACGAGCUCGGGGCUAGGGAGGUCGCAGGUGCGGACUUGCAGCGCCUGAUAGAGAGUGACGAAGACUCUGGGUACAGUGAAGCUGAGCGGGAGUGGAUCAAGACGACAAAGACACUUCCAGCUCGAGGCAACCGCACUGCCGCACAGAUACUUGGUUUCAAGCUCAGAUUCUACCAAACACCGGAAAACGAAGGGACCAAAGUCCCGGGGAAUCUUCUCUGGGUUGCCGCCGUUCUCAUCAAAAUCGGCUUCAUCUCACUCACUGACAUAUAUCCUCACGUGUACCACCCUGACGAGGAAAUGAAGGAAUACCAAGAAGAGUUGGAGAAGGAACUCCGAAAGCAGCGAGCAAAGAACCGGCCAGGUGCCGCUUCAAACGCCUUGGCGGCGGCUGGAGCACUCUCGGAUGAUACCCUCCCACCUGGUGCGGCAAAUCAAUCUUCUAGGCGCUUGGGAGAAAGUACUGCGUCAAAGCCUGAUAGCGACCGCAAUGGCAAAGACGCAAAGAAUAAGGGCAGCCAGGAGGACGAUGAUAUAUUCGACCAGAAGUGCCUGCUGUUAGAACACCUGCUACUUAUCGGUGCACUUCCAGAGGCGCUUUUCAUCAUUGGUCGGUUUCCUUGGCUUGUAGAACUCGCGGGACCAAAGGUCCUACCGGGUCUGCACCGUAUUCUGGAAUACGCCAUCGAUAAAGUCUACGCAGAGGCCGCCCCUGUUCCUGCCAGCGGAGAUAAUGUGCAGGCCUGUCCACCUAAAAAAAUCAUUGACUUGGACCAGACUGGAGUUCGCAAGGGAGAUCUUCGCCUGACUGAUCCUACACCUAGGCGGUUCCUCCGCUGGCCCCAUCCCGACAAAAUGGAUCAUUUGGAAGGCCAGAACUACCGGUAUUACUUCAACGAGUGGAACGACAACAUCCCAGUUUGUCAGGACAUUGAAGAUGUGCUCACCCUUUGUAACACGUUACUGAACAUAUCAGGCGUUCACAUCGGUCUUCACGCCCCCUUGCUUGCAAAACUGACCGCCAUAGGUACCCAUAGUUUGCACAUCGACAAAUCACCAGAGAACUAUGAACGCUGGCGGGCAUUGUUACAGCGCCUCCUGGUUCCCGCCCUUAGCCACACUGGGGAGAACUCCUACCUUGUCGACGCCGUCUGGGCAAUGCUGAAACUCUACCCAACACAUGUACGGUAUAGCAUUUACGCCGACUGGUACGAAGGACCGACUUCCAGAUUACCUGGGAUGAGAGACGCCUUUGAGAUUACUCGACUCAACACCCAAGGCACAAUGAAGCGCUUGUCUGCUGAUAACAUCAAGAAAAUGGCGCGAACCAUGGCAAAAGCUGCAUACUCAUCACCAGGUAUAGUCUUCAAGGUCGCGCUCGAGCAAAUAGAAGCGUACAGCAACCUUAUCGAGGCGUUUAUCGAGUGCGCCAAAUACUUCACAGAUCUGGGCUACGAUGUGCUCUUAUGGUCUCUGCUGAACUCUCUCAGCACAUCAAGAAGUCGUACGUCUUCGGCAUCGGUACUCAACACAAGCCAGUGGCUUCAGGCUCUCUCCAAGUUUUCUGGCCAAGUCUUUCGCCGUUAUGCGAACCUUAACCCCACACCUGUCCUGCUCUAUGUCAACGAACAGCUUUGCAAGGGCAACUCAACAGAUCUUGUCAUUCUCGAAAGGCUCAUCACUUCGAUGGGUGGUGUAGUCUCAGACGUGGAUUUCACUGAUGCUCAGCUCGAGGCGAUGACUGGCGGCCCUAUUCUACGAAAGCAGACGCUGAUCAACGUUCAGGACAAGCGUUUCGAAUCGUCGACGCAAAAGAGUGCUCUCAGGUUGAUGAGGGCGUUGCUGAGCAAUGACUUGGCUGGCCGGUUGCUGGUAAGUAUUGCUCAAUACCGGCAGGUUGCCAUUUACAGGAUACCCGAGGACGAAGCGCACAUCAAGUACUUGGCGAGCGUUAUCGAUAGCACACAGAAGAUUCUGAGCCAGUUUUUGGACUUGCUGCGUAGCAAUCUCGAACCAGACCGGUUUGACGCCACUGUUCCGGGGCUAGUUGCGCUGCUUAGUGAAUUCGGCUUGGAUCCUAGCCUGGCGUUCAUGAUUGGUCGCGGUAGUCUCACUUUCAUCAGGAACCCACCCAAGGCACCUGCUCUUCCGUCGCCCAAGGACGAGCUCAGUCGAGCCCAGGUCGUUUCGACCCCGGCUGCCGAUGCAGAAGGGGAUGUUCCGAUGACCACUGCGGUUGAGGGCUCGCCUGAUGUCACUAUGGGCGAGCCGACAGCCACAGCUCAGAAGGAUUCAUCGGCCGCACAGAACUCUCAGACUGACGGAGCCGGCCCUGCGGCCGAUGGUGUGCGCAACGGCGAUCAGUUUCUGGAGCUUCUGCAGCCCUUGUCGGCAGCAGUGCAACCUCUAUUGAGCCCCGAAGUCUUGAAGUCAAUGAGCCCAGAGUUUUACACGAUUUUCUGGUCGCUGCAGCUCUCCGAUAUAGCGGUGCCACAGUCGAGUUAUGAGGCAGAGAACACUCGACUUCGCUCGCAACUCGAAGAAACGAUAAGAGAUCGGUCGGAUAUGUCUAAAGCGGGCCAGCAGAAGAAGGCCGAACGGAGGACAGGCCUGGAGAAUAUCUCGAAACAACUGCGAGAUGAGAUGGUACAGCUGGCGGAGAGCAACCUGAGAAUAAGAAUAAGGGUAGCCAAAGGAAAGCCAUCUUGGUUCCCUGCCGAUGCCAACCCUAACGCUGUACACGACACCCUUAUCGAGCAAUGUCUGCUGCCAAGACUUCUCCUCACAGCCACGGACUCGAUUUACACCUUCCGGGCAGUCAAAUUCCUCCAUGAGAACCGCGUUCCCAACUUCAAGCUCAUGACCCUCUACGACCGUCUCUUUAACGCUAACCGACUGAGGACUAUGAUCUUCACCUGCACAAUGGGUGAGGCUGUCCACUUCGGCCGGUUUCUGCGUUUUGUUCUUGCCGACCUCGCAUCUUGGCAUCGCAGCAAGGCAUUAUAUGAGGAAAAGGGGCUAGGGCUGUUCGCCAAGACUGGCAAACGGAUUUAUCUCGGUUUCGCAACAGCCAUCGACGACAAAGGUGUACCCCAGUCAUUUGUUGAGCAUGAUCCUUUCAGGGACCUCCUGUACAGCUGGCACAAAAACUUGAACACAGCGUUGAAAUCGUGCCUCCAAGGCUCGGAGUGGAUGCACAUUCGAAAUGCCAUCAGUGUGCUGAGCUCCAUCGUUGAGGUCUUCCCAGCUGUAGACUUCAUGGGGAGCCAAUUUGCUCAGCAGCUAGAUGCGAUCAAGGUCCGCGAGAAGGACCGACACGCCGAUCUUGCAACAGCUGCAGGAAUGGUCGAAUCUAGCAUGAAACGCAGGAAGCCGAAGUGGGUGAUGGUGCAAGCUUUCCGACCUAAUAUUAGCGGGGAGCCGCAGGAGGAGGCUAAAGUCGCAAGCGAGUCUCAACAAGAUGCCCCCAAAAGCCUCCGACCCAGUGCCCCUGAGUUUAGGCCAAAAAGCGCGAAUGGCACAAAUGCCUCCAGCGGUGCUCGGAAGAUGGAUGUUGAGGACGGCGAAGUCAAGGAUGGACGAGUAUCAAGCAACAAAUCAACUCAGUCGACGCCAAUCCCCUCGCAGUCCCAGGAGAAAAAGACGGCUCUUGCAAAUGACAAAGAUACAGCCCAAAAGUCGCCUGCUCCAUCUACACUUCCUGCUGGCAACAUUGCAGGGCUUCCCAAACGACCAGAACUUCCAAAGCGGCCGGAUGUUCCCAUGCCCGGGCAGGGCCUUUCGCGCAACAGUCACAAUUCUCGAGGCGACUCGCGAGAGUCUAGAGACGGGAGAGGUAAUCGUGAGCCUCGUGAUGCUCGCGAAACAAGAGAGCCAAGAGAAUCGCGAGACACUAGGGAUGCGAGGGAUUCAAGAGAGACGCGUGAUGCCCGUAACACGGAUUCAACGCGUUCCGAGCGAUCUGCACGGGACUUUGCAGGGUCUGAGCGGCGCGGCUCAGACAACAACAACACUGGCUCCAGGGAAGCUGGCCGCCCUUCGGAUAAAGACAGGGGUUCUAGGAACGAUCAGUCUUCACGUCGGAUAGAGUCAGUCUCGGAGAGAGACUCUAGGCCCUCGAGGGAUUCCGCAAGGGACUCUGCUAGGGAUUUGCCAAGGGACAACUUGAAAGAUCUACCCAGAGAUAGGAACACUGGCCCGCGAUCCCAUGAUGGCGGUAGGCCUGGUCCUCGUGACGCACCACGAGAUUCCUCGAGCGCACCCCGUGGAUCAGCACUUCCGCCUGCGGCAGGCGACCCUCAGGAGCCCACUAUCAACCCGGCGCGUGCUCGACUGCUAGCAGAGGAACACCCGGGAAUGUUUACACCUGAUCGUGCUGUGCCACACCGUGAAAGGCGAGGCCCCUCGCCGACACGAUCUCCUCGAGAUGAUUCCCGGCAACGCUCCCAACCCGCCCGACCUCCAUCGCCCCCACGGGGUGAACAAUUUCGCAUUGAAACAGUUUCCUCGGAUCGCGAACGCAACCAAGGUCGGGGUAGAGGCUUCCAUGUUGAACCAACAGGGCCACCCGGUCGAGAGUCGUAUGGCGGGGAGGCCCCCAUCCACAACGCGCCUCGUGACAAGUAUAGAGAUCGAGACGGUGAGCGAAGCGCUGGGGACCGCCAACGACACUCACAUGACCAGGAUAAUGGUCGCUUGAGCCACCACGAUCCUAACUACGGUCGGCUUAACCCGAUCCAGUCCGUAGCCUCUGAAGGCCCUUCGGGACCGCACUCGGGGCCUCCGUCAGGACCUCGGGGAAGGGGAGCUAGGGAGUCUUCACGCUUGAGCUCGCUCGAUACUAGCGUCUCUCAAGCACCAUCAUGGUCUGAAGGACGAGGGGCCAAUGCCAAUGGAGACAUUCAGCGCGGUACAUCACCUGACCGUCAGCCUCCAACUGGUCCUGCAUCUGGGAGGGGUUCGAGUCGCAGGAAUCGUCCUGGUCAGUUUGAACCGGGCUCAGCCGCUGCGUCUCCCACGAGCACAGUAGCCCCCUCUCCAACGACCGGUGUUCAUCCAGAUCGGAUGCGUCUAGUCAGCGGAACAGGCGCACCUGGCUCUGGACCAGGCCAAGGUGGCCCUCCAAUGCACAACUCUUCCGGCCCCAACUCUGCCGGGCCCGUGUCCGCGAAUUCUAUUCCUGUCAACCCCAGUCGCUUAAGCCAAAUGAACUCGCGGCCGGCGCCUUCGCAACAGCCGGCGUCUGCGGGCCCACGGCAGCCCAUGGGUCCACCUCUCCAUACGCCCGACAGGCCGUCGCAUACUGGAAGGGGUCCUCUUCCCCCCUCCAAUAUUCCAUCACACACACCUGGUUCGGACCCUCGCGGCAACCAUUCGGUUCCUUCGGGGCCUGGUUCGGCCAAUGACCGUAACAGGAACCGGGGCCCGCGCGCAAUGAUGGACAGCAUCAACACAACCCUGGAGAAGGCUGGUCAAGAGAACAGGGCGAACUACAAUGAUGGUAACCGGGGUAACUACAACAACAAUAGGAUGAGUGGCGGACGUAACGUCCCGGGCUCAGACGCUCGCAUUCUUACUGGUGGCUCGCCCGCAUCGACGCCUACUCAGGAGCGUACUAACCCGAUGCUUCGCGACCUCCCCGGCGAUCGUGGACAUUCGUCUUCUUUCGGCGGCGACAUGCCAAGGGGUGGGCCUGUGACGGACUACAGUAAUCAUGGCCCCAACGGCAGUAGCAGUCGAGAUGGUCGUGAUCACGAGCGGUCGUCAAGCCGCAAAGAACACCGCGAAUCACGCUCUGGCAGACCUUCUCGUCGUGGCAGCAGAGAUCGCAGUGGUGAUCGUGGUGACCGUGGCGAUAGGGAAUCUAGAGAGCAUCGGGAGAGUGGUCGCGAUAGGAGGAGCGGAGCACCCGGCAGUAGUGGCACCAGUGGUGGCAGUGGCCAUGGUCGGGACGGUGAGCGCGAAAGCUCUUCUAGGAGGGGAACUGCUCGAGACUCAACCGGUGGCGGUGGGCGUGAAGCCAUUCCAAACGCUACCAGCGGCCGGGAGUCUCUAGGGGGCAGUGGUCGCGAGUCUCGACACCGUGGGGACGUACCUCGCGAUCAUUCGAGUGGCGGUGGCGGUGGCGGUGAGAGGAUGCCCGGUGGUGGAGGCAGCAGAGGCGGGCGUGGUGGGGGAGGAUCCGGCAUGCCGCAGCCGAGAUCUUCGGAUGACCGAAGGGACGGUGGCAGCAGUGGAGGGAGGGAUGAUCGUGGCAGCCGGAAACGGCGGUCUGAGGAUGCGGCAGGACUUUCGAGUGAUCGUGACAAGCGGCAGCGGCGAUAGGAGACGACCGUGCUUCGAUACGAUGGCUGAUAUGUCUCAGGUCUGCCGGGCCAGCCACUGCUGAACUUGGAUGGAGCUGAGCACGAUCGAGAUCCAAGCAGCAAUAUAAUUCUGGCAUAUUACACAGUUGCGGUGGAGGAGUUCACUUUUGGGGGUUUCUUUUAUUUACUUCACUUAUCCGCGGCUACCGGCUUUCGCACCAGCGUUGGGUAUGAUCCCCACCAAAAUUGCCAUCUGUCUGGUUGGAACUUUUGUGGCUGUUUAUCUCGAAAGGAGUUGAAAGAGGAGGAUAUUUACGGCAACAAAGAAUACUGCUUUGUCAUUUUUUUCUCAUUAUCAAGAAACGCACAUAUCAGCAGCGGUCGAAAAGUCCUGGCGCGGGCAAGACUCGAGUCAGGCCCAACAAGAUGGGGAAAACUAUGGCUAUGUUCUUGAAGCCCACGAGUGGAAUCGCAACCAUUCUACAAUUACUUUCCUUAGUCCUACACCAAAUCAUCUCAUUCUAUUCUACGUAACGUCUCUUUCUUUUCAACACGCGGAAACUUUGCAUUCGACUCUCAAAAAAAUACCAGCAUACCAAUGAUUGCAAUGCCAUAUUCCCAUCCGCCUUCCAAAGGCAGGGCACCCGCCGCCUCGCCUCAGGGUAGCACAUACAAGUCUCGGCCCUGCAGCUGCCCUUGUCGGCCUGAAGACCACAACUACGAAAUGUGAGGCUAGAAAUGCCAAAAGAAAUUUACUCAACAUCACCCGACUCUUCAUACAAAAACUUCUGCCAUGAAAAGUACAAGUUCGACCUAGAGAUCCAUCGUUCUGGCGUCAUAUGGAUUUUCAAAAAUCGUGAUUUUUCUGUGCAAAUUAUAUAUAAAACACACACACACACACACCCAACAAAAUGUCUUGGCGGCGCGGUAAUUUUUCUGGGCUGGCAUGCUCUGGUGUAAUUUAAAAUGCACAUAUAUGAUGAUACCCCCACGCCCUUGCGUGUGUUUUUAUCUUAGGUCUAGAAAAGAUACCCCCUGAUAGAAAUGGUUUGAACCAACUUCAGACCAAUCCAUCGAUCCUGACAUUGUGUUAUCCGGCGUGCCUGGGGAGGUUGCUAAAAACCAGUUUGAUGGCCUAGGUAUUAUGACACAUUCUUCGCUCAAUAAAUAGUCUAGAGGCUUCGCGGUAUAGUCGCUAGGCUGACAGUUUGGGGAUCAAUAACCACUAGCGGAAACAGUGAUUGCACAGAAACC